AUGUCAUUGAUAGACAAAAUGAAUAGUGACGAAUAUGAGAUGGUGUUGAUCACUUACCCACGUUCAUACGACAUAUCAAAAAUUAAACAAUUGACCUAUAACUCUAAAGGUAAAAAAAAUACUGUAGUUCCUAUGGAAAAGACUUCAUACCAAAGCGUUAUUCCAUUAGUUAAUAAUAAGAAAAAGAUGUCAGUUUCAAAACCAUUUGUUGAUGGACUUGAGGUUAUUAUUCCAGAAGAGUAUGAAGACCAAGAAAAAGAAGAAGAUAUUGAUUUCUUUCAUUCAACAAAAGAGCCUAAAUAUCAUUUUGUUGAUUGGCGUAAUAUUACUGUUCAAAGUAAACCAGAAUGGCUAACCCUAUGUCGAAAAUCUGAAUCAAGUCUUAGCAAACAAAAAAAAGAAGCUAAACAAAAAGAAAUUAAACAAAAGAAAUUAUCUAAAACAGAAACUAAGAAAGAAGCAUUGAGUGAAAAAAUUAAACGUAAGAAUGCAAAGGUAUCAUCUUCUUCGUCUUCUUCUGACUCAGAAUAA